AACAGAACAGCUUUACGGGCCCGUAAGUGACAGGGACUGUCGUGAAACUGACCGGAGGUAACAAUGUACGUAGGCGUGCCUAUGGCUAGAAUGACAAAUGUUCAGCGGUGCUGCCCAAAAAUAGCUCUUCAUAGUGUAGCCAGGCCUUCUCGACGAGUCUUUAGAUAAUGGCGGCCUCAGACGGUGAUAUCUCUGACGCCGAAUUGCGCCGCCAGCUUAAGGCUUUUGGUGAAGAGCCCGGGCCUGUUACACCCUCUACCAGGGGCUUUUUACUUCGUAAAUUAAAAAGGUUACAGAAUGAACAAAGGAGCAAUUUGACGCUUUCAAAAAAGUCAUCUCCCAAACGAUCGACUCGGGCCCGCAGGUCGUUACCCGCAACGAGAAAUCAAAGUCCGUCGCGUAAGUUGAUCGGAUUUUCUAGUGACGAGGAAGACGCAGGACCGAGUCAUUCAAGUACUGUAGUUGAUGAUAGCAGGGCUAGGCGUGAGGAAGAAACGUCGUCUAGUAACGUUUCCCAGAGACGCGGCCGGUCGAGGUCGAUCACUCCAACGAGGAGAAACAAUUUGAGGUCGCGCUUACCGACCGCCAUCGAUAAGGGUAGCAUUUCUGAGAACACGUUAGAUUCCACGGAUGGUGUUGAUGGGGAAUUUUCAGAUUCCGAUGCGCAAAUCUAUCAAAGACCAAGAAGUCGAGUUGUUGGUGCAACUGACUAUUCUCGUCCACCCGUCUCGACAAAACGCGUAAGAGCUCAAGACGAAAGUGAAGGAUCAGAAACUACGCUUUCAUUCACCUACGGAAGAAACAAACAUUUCGCUACUACCGAAUCUAAACUGAGCUCUUCACUUCAAGAGAGACAUACUGGAGCCAAAGGUGCAAAGAGUAGCUCCUCUUGGUCAUCAAUUGCCAAAAUCUUUCUCUUGAUAAGUGCUAUUUGCAUUCCCCUUUUGUUGUAUGCGACCUUCAAGGGCCACUCAAGUGAACAAAUGAUCAUGGCAGACUUAGUUAAACUCACAGUUUGCAAAGAUAAAAAUUCACUGGAUAAAUAUAUGGAAAAACCUCAGCACCCUGACUGUGUACCAUUAACCAAUAUCAGCAAGGGAUAUGUAGAGUUGCUGUACAAAAGACUUAUUAUCAAAGCAGGUUUAUUUGAAUGCAAAGAUCUGAGCAUGAAGAGUAGAAAUAUGUCUCUGGGAGAGUUACAAGAACAAAUCAAAGAGGAUAAUCCUUCAAGGGAGCCUAAAGAUCAGGUUCGAAUACUUCGUACCACACUACAGCUGAUUCUUGAUAACCCUGAUUGGAAUUUAAGGUUGUUUAACAAUAUAAGUGAGAUGACACAUGAUAAUAGAAGUGUGGCCUGGAUUGAUGCAUCAGUUUCUGCCAAACCCAUAUUGUGUUGCAUCAAAGAAGCAGUAUCCCGUUUGGCUUAUCUCUCUCUGUUGAUCAGCCUUGCCAUUGGAGGAUUGAUGAUUGCAUACUUUAUUGUGCGACAAAGAUGGAGAAGAGAGGAGGAAGAGACCAGACUGAUGUAUCAGUUUGUGGAAAAAAUUAUCGACAUAUUACAGGAACACCAUGAGGCCAGUAAAACUGAGAAGAAUUUGCUGCCAUAUCUACCUAUUCCUCAUGUAAGAGACAUGUUAAUACCUCCAACUGACAGACAGAAGAAGUUUAAAGCAUGGAAUAGAGCAGUGAGGUUUUUGAGUGCAAAUGAAUCUCGCAUUCGCGUGGAAAGUCAACGGAUCGCUGGAGAGGAUUUUGAAGUUUGGCGGUGGAUCCACAUUGCUACACCCAAACCUCACAGCCCCAAAUUGUCGCUCUCAGGCACGAAACAUGGCAAAUAUUGGCAAGGACAAGCAUUUGAAAACUUCCAGUCUGCUGUGAAUCCUCCUGUGAUUAGUCCAACACCCUGUUUGAAAAUAAGGAACAUGUUUGAUCCUGAUAUUGAAACUGAAGAUGGCUGGCAUGUUAUGAUUGAAGAUGCCAUAUUGGAGAAGUGUAUAGAGAAUGGAGCAGGGGUUGUUCACAUAGCUGUAGAUAAGAGUUCCAGCGAGGGAUGUGUGUACGUCAAGUGUGAUACACACAGUUCAGCAGGCCUGGCCUUUCGAAGUCUCCAUGGAUGUUGGUUUGAUGGUCGUCUUGUUGCUGUCAAGUAUCUCACUUUGAAGCGCUACCAUCAGCGUUUCCCAGUGGCUCUGGAAGCCACCGAACGACUGAACCCUUCUGGAUCUUCUCCCUCAUCUCUGAUAACGUUUGACCCAGACGAAGCAGAAGAUGAAGAAGAUAUUAAUGAUUCUGAUAUCGAAGUUUACUGAACUUUUAGUUUUCUACCACCCUCGUCAAUUUAUUCGGGUUGAAAGCGGUCGCUUAAAUUGACCGUUCCCAUCUUCAAUGGGAACUGAUUCAGACGAAGAGAAAAAAGAUAGCAGUCGUUGCAUCCGUUGGUAAAACCUGCAGAAUAGGCGGAAUUGUCUUUCCUUGUUUGGGCGCGUUAAAACAAACUUGAAAGGCGAGACAUGCGUGAUCGGAAGAAGUCGGUUUUCUUGAACUCCUUCUGUCGCGCGUGUUCAGUGCUCGCCUCGCGUUUAUUCCUGCUCGCCUGAAUAAGGGGAAAAAAAAAAACAAUUUCCGGUUUUGUGGGCUGGUCUGUAUUUCGGUGCACGAGUUUCUUUAUCGUAGAAGUUAUAUUGAAGGGAAUAUUUCUGCUUUACUAGCGCAGCGCGUCUCUUAGAAGGCCACGGAUGAUCAAACACACAAAAAAUCGGUAUUCUUUAGGGGAGAGUUCUUUUAUCGUAAGCACAAUUUUAUAGUGAAUUGACAGCAGUGGUUGCUUACAUUAUUUAAAAUCUUCUGAUAAACGGCGAUUUAUUCAAUUUAAAUUGAAACGUUCCUUUUUUUUUUUCAUGAACCUCUUUGUAGUGUAGCGUGCGGGUAUUUCAUAUAUUUUUGAAUCGAGAUCAUUGAUUUUGCUGUUGCACGCGAGCACAAUUAUGUAUUGUAACGUGAAAAGGUACUUGUAAUAUUCAAAGUUUUGGUGACAGAGUCUUCACUGGUAGUUUUUUUAUCUCCUUGAAACUCUCACCGCAAUCCUGUCAACGAAAAGAAGGGUGAUGGUUCAAUCAUUUUUCCAGCAAUGAUUACUUUUAUUUAAGUAGGAAAAUGAUUAAUACCCGACUUCAAACGUUCUGUAAUCCUUGCGUCUUCCUCUUCCCAAGAACGCUGUCUCACUAAACGGCCUGUGAUUCAAAUUAAAGAUUGGUCAACUCCAAAUAGAAGACACCCAUAGACUUCAAAAGCGUGUUCUUGUGGAGUGGGGCGUUAAUUCAAUAAAUAACAGACCUAGCAGUUGUAGGUUUAUUGGUCUUAUAGUGAUUCUUUCAGAAUUAAUCUAUAAUUACCAGUUAUUAUUUGAGAAAAAUCGAUGAAGGAAUAUCGAGUUAGCAAAACCUCAAGGGUGAAAAUUAAACAAAAGAUGGACUACA